AUGCCUCUGAACCCUAUCAACGUCUCGGUAUCGACAGCUCCUCUGACACACACGCAUCCAUCGAGCUCUUUGCCCCUUUCCUACUCUACUGCCGACUCCAGCUUGCUUUCCGGCAACUCACUGCAGCCCGUGCAGGAGGUCGCGCCGAGUUCGCUGGUCGAUAGCGUCAACACUGUUGACCCACUCAAGCGUUCCUCUCUCUCUUCCUCCUCCAACACCAGCCUCGGCUUUACUACUUCUGCUCUCCAGCGUGCAGGCCUGCUUCCUGCCAGCCUUUCUUCCGGCGCCAUGACGACCACCGCUACGUCAGGCGCUUCUGCCGCCUCGGAAACCCUUCAACGGGUCAUGGGCCAUUCCGCUGCCCCAACCAAUGGCGCCUCUACUCCUGCUCAAGCCGGCCCAUUGACCCCUGCACAGCUUAAGAACAUGACCCCUGCCCAAGCCAACGCCGCUCUCCAAAAUCCAGUUGGAAAUGUCCCCACCGUCUACCUCGCCACCUACUCCAAUGUUCCCGUCUACGAGAUCACCGUCCGUGGAAUCGCCGUCAUGCGUCGACGAGGCGAUGGCUGGCUCAACGCGACCCAGAUCCUCAAGAUCGCUGGUAUCGAAAAGACUCGUCGAACAAAGAUCCUCGAAAAGAGUAUUCUCACUGGCGAACACGAAAAAAUUCAAGGUGGAUACGGCAAGUUCCAGGGUACUUGGAUCCCGUUGCAGCGCGCCCAAGAGGUUGCGGCCGAGUACAACGUUUCGCAUCUCUUGCAGCCCAUUCUGGAGUUCGACCCAGCUACGGCUGAUCAGAUCCCGAAGCUGUAUCAGAGGAAGAAGCCAGCUUCGUCGGCACGCAACUCGUCUGCGUCUGCGAUCAAUGAUGGCAGGGGCGCGACACCGAGUAAGAACUACUCGCCUGCUCCCUCCAGUGUUGGUGGGCCGAGUCAGCAGCCUAGGUUUUUGUCUUUGCGUCCGCCCAAGGAUGCUCAGCAGAGGGAGAUGUCCCCUGCGCUCUUUAUGCCUCCUGGGGCUAGUGGGCUGUUGGCAAGCUUUGCUGAUGGUGGUGUAGCUUCGGGUCCUCAGGCUAUUCCUCCUGGUUCUAGCCAGGCUGAGCAGGAGGCGCUGAGAAGCUACAACAUGUACGGAUACACGCCCAAGGGUGUUCCUCUUCCUUCCUCCUCUUCGGUGGGAGCUGAGAGUUCCGCUGCAGCCAACCCUACUGCCAUUGGCGACAAGCGCUCUGCUGGCGAGUCUGAGCAGGACGGUGCUUCCGCUGCUAAACGAUCGCGUCUUACAAGCCCGCAGCGAGAGUCGGGACUCCUGUUGGGCCCAUCGCCUGUCAAAGAUCUCAACGCUCUUGGCCCUGCAGGUGGAUCGUUGCGAGCUGCUUCUGCACCUCGUGGUCAUCGUAUGGCUGUUGGCCCUCCCGAUGCUGCCGGUCGUGACGGUACUGUUCCGCGCUACGCCGAUCGUGCUCUCCCUCCCAAGCCCUACGAUGAAGGCGAGAAGCGUAUGCGUGAUCACCUCGUCAGCCUCUUUGCUGAUGACAGCGUUUUGCAAGGCGUGUCUGAUGGCACCACCGCCUCACCCAACGCUGCCGCAUCCAAAUCCGCAUCCACAAAUGCAGAAGCUAAUGUCGAGGACGAAGAUGCCUAUGUCACCAAACUCGACAACCUCGUCUCUGAACUCCGCCAGAAAGCCAGCCUGGGCGGUCUCGGCGCCUCCUCCACCUCCGACGGUCCCAAAGCCACCGUAGAUCUCGUCACCGACGACCACGGUCACACAGCUCUCCACUGGGCUUCUGCCUUGUGCCGUCUAAAACUCGUCCGCACCCUUGUCGCUCGUCCUCCUUGGCAAGGUGGAGCCAACGUCCACGCCGGUAAUCACGCCGGUGAAACAGCUUUGCACCGUUCAGUCCUAGUCACCAACUCCUACGACGCUUCUUCCUUCCCCACCCUCCUCCACCUUUUGGCGCCUUCGUUGAACACGAGAGACUUCAAAAAGCGGACUGUGCUACACCACAUUGCCCUAGUAGCUGCGCUUAAAGGUCGUGCUGCCUCCGCGCGGUACUACUUGGCAUGUGUGCUGGAGCACAUUAGCGGGGAGAAGAGUAGUAAGUACAAAGGAUUGAUUGACGCACAGGAUGAAGAUGGAGAGACUGCGCUAGGGAUUGUUGCUAGGUUGGGGAAUGCGAGUAUGGUAAGGAUGUUGUUGGAUGUAGGGGCUAGGAAGGAUUUGCCCAAUGCGUUGGGGAUUAGACCUUCAGAUUGGGGGAUUGAGUCGGGUGCUGGUGAUUCGCAAGCUGAUGGAGGAUCGGUGGCUGGGGCUAGCACGAUUUCUUCCCUUCCUCCGCUCACCGCUGCGGAUCUGGCGAGUCAGAAUCCAUCCGAUAUCAUCUCUGCUCUCACCCGACCAGCUCAGGUACCAGUAAUGAAAAGUAGCGAUGUUCGAGAUCAACUCACCACUACUCUCGAUGAUCUUCAGUCGACUUUCGAGAGGGAGAUUAAGGAGAAGCAGGACGCGAUUAUCACGGUUCAGAGUCAUUUGCAGGCUGCGACGAGAGAUUUGGCUUCGAGAAGGAAGACUGUUUCCGCUGCCCAGGCUAAGCUGGCUGAGAAAGACGAGGCUAAGCAGCGAAUACAAAAUCUUCGUCGGGCCAUCGUUUCACAACUAGGUCUCGAAGAGAAUGAGGCGGAGAGUAGAAUCGAAACUCUCAUCUCCGAAUCUUCCUCCAAUAAGACAGCGGACGAUAUGGAGGUGGAUGAAGACGUUAAAGCCACCCCAAGCAUCAGCCCAGACGCUUUCACUUCCUCUCUCCUCAUCUCCACUGAGAUCGAUUCUCAAACAGAGGAGCUCGUACGACUUCGAUUCCUACUCUCUUUCUACACUUCACUCAACACCGACCUAUCCUCCACUAUCACUGCCCUGGAACAGAACGCAGCAACGAAGGAAUCGCAGUGUCAACAAGUAGUAGCCAUCUGCGCCAACGUUCCCCAAGACAAAGUCGAAGGAAUGCUAGACGAGCUCUUAACAGCGAUGGAAAGUGAUGGUCCAGAUGUUGAUCUGGCUAGGGUAGCAAACUUUAUGCAAAAAGUUGGCGGCACGGCAAAGGAUGGUGGUUCGAGUAGUAGUACUUGGCGUAGUACAAACGUUAGUGCUGAAACACAGGCAAGUAGUGUUGUUCCUCCCACGUCUGGUGGUGGGGAGAAGGGGAGGAAUGGUGAUGUAGCAUAA